CAUGCUCAGUCUUCGCUCUGUGUCCCGGCAGGAAGAUGGUGUCUGUCAGGAUGAAGCCGUGCGUGUUGUCGGUUUUACUUCUAAACGUUUUCUACAGCGCCGUGUCCUCUCUGUACUUCCACAUCGGAGAGACGGAGAAGAAAUGCUUCAUAGAGGAGAUCCCGGACGAGACGAUGAUAAUCGGUAACUAUCGGACUCAGCUGUACGACAAACAGAGAGAAGAAUACCUGCCGGCCACUCAGGGGCUGGGCAUGUUUGUGGAGGUCAAAGAUCCUGACGACAAGGUGAUUCUGUCUCGGCAGUACGGCUCAGAGGGCAGGUUCACCUUCACGUCACACACACCAGGAGAGCACCAGAUCUGUCUGCACUCCAACUCCUCCAAGUUCUCGCUGUUCGCCGGAGGCAUGCUGAGGGUUCACCUGGACAUCCAGGUGGGAGAACACGCCAACAACUACGCCGAGAUCGCCGCCAAAGACAAGCUGACGGAGCUGCAGCUGAGAGUCCGACAGCUGGUGGAGCAGGUGGACCAGAUCCAGAAGGAGCAGAACUACCAGAGGUACCGUGAGGAGCGUUUCCGUCAGACCAGUGAGAGCACCAACCAGCGGGUCCUCUGGUGGUCCAUCGUGCAGACGCUCAUCCUGGUGGCCAUCGGCAUCUGGCAGAUGAGACACCUCAAGAGCUUCUUCGAGGCCAAGAAACUGGUGUAACUGUCCCACUGUGUGUGUGUGUGCGAGAGAGAGAGAGAGUGUGUGAGUGUGUUUGGUCUCUACUGAUUGAUGCAGUGACUAGUGUCGGCGGUCGCUGCUGCUGUCGGAGGAAAAAACUGCUGAAGAAAUCCAGCUGCACGAUUCGGCUUGAAAACAACAUCUUUAGAUGAUUCUUUUUAUUUUGACGUCCUCAUUGUUUCCUCAGCAGCCCUGUUGUUUGUAACGAGCCCCUCACAUAUGCAGUAAACGAUCAGGGGAACGUGAGACGACUCUAUUUAUUACUCACCGCCGGCGUCCACCAGGCCCACAGUGGUGGAAACUGAUUUUCCCGUUUUUUUUUUCUUUCUGUUUUCUGACGUGUUACUGGCCACAUGAGAUAUCGUUCAGAGUCGACAGUUCACAGUCCGAAGCAAACACAGAAAUCAGAAUCAGGUUUUGUCUGUAAAAUCAUUUUGGGAAACACAAGGUGGAGAUUUAGCAGCAAAGUUUGAGUCUUUCUGUCCCCACUCGUCAUGAUUACCUGCAUCUUGUUUGGACGUUUGAUAUUAAUUCUGUGACAAGAACAUGAUGAUUUGUUUGGCAGCAUCACAUGAGCUUUUAGUUAAAAGUAUAUCAAAGCUUUUACAUUGUGCCAACAGCUGCAGAAUAUUAAUAUUGUCAGUGUUCGGACAGAUUUCUGACCUCUGAGCGGCUUUUUACUCCUUUUUUUUCUUGUCUCAUUUCAACAACUGGCUUGAUUUAAACAUCUAUAGAAGCAGAAAACGCUGCGUUUCCAUUUCAGUUUCCAGCUGCAGAACUCAGACACAACUAAAGAUUAUGUUCAUUGAUUAAAUCGUACGAUCGAUAAAUAAAUAAACGGUGAGAAAAGCCUGUUACACGAUCUCAGAUCCUCAAAAAAUGUCAUCAGAUGUCUUGUUUUUAUCCAAAUCCAAAAAUAUCACAUUUCUUCUCAUAUAAGAUCAAGAAAAGCAGCAAAUCCUCACAUUUAAGAACCUGGAAGUGAUACUAGUUUUGUUGUUUUUGCUUGAAAAAUGACUUAAUAAAGCAGCUACAAAGAACUUUGAUUUUAUGUUUCCAUCAGCACCAGACUCCCUUUAGAAAACCUCUAAUUUUACUGCAGGAGCGUCUCAGUCGGCCUGUUAAGUUUAUUAACUUAAAUGACAAACUGAUUAUCAAAAAAGUUACAGAUCUGAUUUUCUUCUCAUUGAAUAAUCAGUUAAGUGACUUUGGUUGCAACUCUCCUCCAGACAGACGUGUUUAUUCAGCAAAACAGAUGUUUAAUUGAGGCUGUAGUUUUCAUUAAUGAGGUGAAAUAUUGAUCGAUAUCAGGGUUGAAGGUUUUGCUUUCUGUCUCUUAUCUUUCUUUCAUUUUUUCCGCCUGACUCGAUGACUCACUUUCCUGUUUGUUGCUGAUUGAAUCUGCAUUUUUACUGUCCAAACUGAAUGUAUGUUUCUGUCCAUGUGAUUUUGUUGGUCUGCUGGUGGAGACGCACAGAAUAUUCUGGAUUAUUUUGUAGCGUUUAAAUGCCACCGUGGUUUUUUUAAUCACAGAAACUUUACAAGGAGACUUUUAGUUCCUGGAACUUUUUCAUUGAAGAGCAUAAAAUUAGAGAACUGGGGCUGUUUCAGAAAGUUUUUCAGGCUUAUUUCGAUUAUUCAGACUCCUUUAUAGUUUAUUUGGUUCCAUAAAGUAAAUUCAACAUUGUUUAAGCUCAGUUAUUAUUGGGAAAACUUGACUUAUUCACUUCAUAGAACCAAAUCAAUUGAAAAUGAGUCAAAUUUACUGAAAUAAAGCUGAAUUAUUUGCUCAACAGGCUCCUGGUUUGAUAGUUUUUUAGUUGCAUCUAUUUGCUUCGUCACUGUCUGGAUCCCCACUUUUCUUUACCACAAUCCAGUCAUUUGAAAAGAAAAAAGCUUUUUGUUUUGACCUGAAAGCUUCAUAUGUUGUAUCUCUGGAAUUCAAGGAAUAUUGCAAAAAGUUGUAACAAAACAAAACAACUUUCUGCUCCCUGAAGAAAAGUUAAAAUUUAAAGAUAGAGCAGCGCUGCAUCUAAGUGGCUGAAUCUUUAGCUCCAGUUUUUUAUUUUUCUGGUAUAAAAUGACAAAAAUUAUUAAUUGAGAACAGUUGUAACUUUUUCUUCUCAUUCAGACAGAGCUAAACAGAUCUGAACCACCAAACAUUCAGCUUCCGCAUGGUUUUGUUCGGUGAGAAAUCAACAGUGAAAUGGUUUUUAAUGGUUUUUUAAAUCCUCUGAAGUUCAGUGAAGAUUAAAUCUGAAUCUGAGGAGUAAAAAACCUGAAUCUUAUUUUGAAGUUUGUCCUUCUCCACCUUUAAUAAAAACUUUAUUUCUCUUUCUUCUAUUUUUUUCCUCUGGUGGUUUGUGCUGGUAGAUUUCAGAAAAGUUUUCCUGGUUAGAGUUUGAAUCUGGAAGAGGGGCUUGAAUUUAUUUUAUUUUUAGAGAGAUUCUGUCCUUGUGAAAUCUGUCUGAAAUUGCACUUGAAUAAAGUUUUGUCACAUUUGGUUUAAAGGAAUGAAA